AUGGCGCUAAUACUUCACUCAUCCUCCACCUCUAGUUUUGCCAUCACCAAGAAACACCAUCUUCUUCUACCCACCAAAUUCUCUCUCCUCUCCAUCAAAUCCCAAAACCCUUCAACGGAACCUCCAAAACCCACAAUUUCUACCCAAGGAAUUGAUGAGACCUCUUCGACAUCACCCAAGAAACUCGAUUCAGCUGGCCUAGGGUUUGGCUCUUCAUCUUCUGCUAAUUUGGACGCCGAUUCAGUGAAUACGAAGAAGAAACAGAGCAAGAGAGNUAAUGUAGAUAUGGUGUGCUUGAUGUGUGCAGGUUACUAUAGUUACUUGUAUGCCAAGUGCUUUGCAGCAACCAUAUGGCAAAAGAUAUGCCAGGAGGAUCCACUAUCAUUAGCCACAGGAUCUGCUAUUAGAACGAAAUUCUUGCAACACGGAGGAGCCAAAGACCCAGCUGAUAUAUUGAACGAUCUCACAGGGGAUGGGAUUCUAAAAUAUCAACACGGGGGUAUAAUUCCAGACACUGCUAGCCUAUUUGAUGAAAUGGAGCUCACGAAAGGUUGGUGA